GGGCGGGUGGCCGUAGCUUGCCACGUUGCCGGCGGCAGCCUCGCUCAGCCCGACCAGAAGGGGGAGAGGUUCGGCAAAGUCCGGAAACGCUCGGCAAUGGCCGGAGGCGGCUUUUAAGGAGAGGAGCGGCUGCCGGCUUGCCCUGCCCCGCCGUCGCUCGGCGUGAGCGGACUCGCUGUGUGAGCGCUGUCGCCUCGUCCCCCCGCCGCGCCGCGAGGGGCAGGGACGCGAUGCUGGCGGACAGCCUGGUGGAGGAGUUCGAGAUCCGUGAGGAUGAGCCCUGGUACGACCAGCAGGACCUGCAGCAAGAUCUUCACCUUGCUGCUGAGCUUGGGAAGACACUGCUGGACCGUAACACUGAACUAGAAGAAUCUUUACAGCAAAUGUAUGCAACAAAUCAAGAGCAACUGCAGGAGAUCGAGUACCUCACCAAGCAAGUGGAGCUCUUGCGUCAGAUGAAUGAUCAGCACGCCAAAGUCUAUGAACAGCUGGAUGUGACAGCAAGAGAACUAGAAGACACUAAUCAAAAACUAGUUGCAGAGAGUAGAGCUUCACAACAGAAGAUACUAAGCUUGACAGAGACUAUUGAAAAUCUGCAAACACACAUAGAUGACCUGCAACGACAAGUAGAAGAAUUGAAAAAGUCUGGACGAGGCCGGAUAAGCCAUGAGAGUUCUGACCAGCCGAGAUCAAUGCACAGUUUCUCAUGUUUGAAGGAGCUGUAUGACCUUCGCCAGUAUUUUGUUUAUGAUCAUGUGUUUGCAGAAAAGAUUACUUCGAUGGAUAGUCAGCUAAGUCCUCUAGAAGAAGAAAAUGAGAACUUAAAAAAGGCAGUUACAGUUCUGCAAGCCCAGCUUAAUCUAGAAAAAGAGAAGAGGGUAACAAUGGAGGAGGAAUAUAGUCUUAUGGUAAAGGAAAACUGUGACCUUGAACAGAGGCUUGUUGAUAGUGACUCGUAUCGGGCUCGUGCAGAGGAGUUAGAAGUGGAGGUAGCUGAAAUGCGACAGAUUCUUCAGUCUGAAAACACAUUCCAUAACGCAGAGAAAUUGGUGCCAGAAUCCUUCUUCAUUUCAUUCAAGGAGUCUUUGGAAAGGGAACUUGGUCAGAGCCCGGCAGAUGAUGGAUUUCUGACUGUAUCUGAGCUUGAGAAGAAGGCACUGAAACGGAGCAACAGCGAAACUUUCUUAAGCAGUGCUGCAGGGGGAGACAUCCUAAGGGGCCAUGAAGAAACAUGUAUUAGGAGAGCUGAAGCUGUGAAGCAGCGAGGAAUCUCUGUGCUUAAUGAAGUCGAUGCUCAGUAUAAUGCUCUGAAAGUGAAGUAUGAGGAACUUUUGAAGAAGUGUCAAAUGGAUGAAGAUUCUUUUAAACACAAGGCCGUACAAACACUGACGCAGUAUUCCAAAGACCUAAAUGUGGGGAAUACCCAGUAUGAUCUUUCAGCUAGCAAUCAAGAAUUCACAAAUCUGGAGCUAAGUGACUCUCCCACAAAUGCUCUUCCUGAAUAUAAAGCACUCUUCCAGGAAAUUUUUAGCUGUAUCAGAAAAACAAAGGAAGAAAUAGAUGAACACAGAGCUAAGUACAAGUCCCUCUCCUCUCAACCCUAAUGCUGGACACAAUGAUGACGCAUUUUCUUUGAAUGGGUAAUCUGUUAGUCUAGAAGGGGAAAAACUUGAUACAAAUGUCAGAGGGCCCCUUUGCACCAAUGUAUUUCUUGAGCACUCAAAAUGAAUGUUUUGAAAUUGGCUUGUAGACCUGUAGUUAACAAGCUCGUUAGUUAGCAGUUAGUCUCCCUGUACCUAUGUAGCAAUAGAUUUAAUGUUUUAGCACCGUCACACAAACUAGUGGUUGUAAGGCAAACAAACAUCAUAGUUUAAUACUACACUACUACUUUGUCCUACACUUAAUCUCUGGCCAGAGCAGUAACUGACACUAGUUUCCUUAGCCCACUUCAAAAAUACCAGACGUAAGCAAUCUGUACUGUAUUUCUCACAAGGGACGAGAAUAAAGCUUUCCUUUGGUUCGCAGCGAUGACCUAGCCCUGUAACUACAUCUAUGUAGAAGAUGAACAAGAACAAAGCCCCUGACAAGCAUCACAGGCAGCCGUUCCUUGCUUCUUGAGUAUUACAUUAGCGGUCUAGCUGCACUCGCGGUGGCAGGGAGGCGGAGAGCUGGCCUAGCAGCCUGCACUGUGCUUGGUUUAAGCUAAUACCAUGUUCUCACAUGCACUAAGCUCUCCCCCAGAUUAGUAGAACUGUCUUCCUACUAAGAAAGGAUUUGAUGUAAAGUUUGCGUGGCUUUUUAGGUAUGGUUUCUUAUGUAGGGCACUUUGUCUUAAGGCAAGAUACUGUGAAUUGAUGAUGUAUGUUAUUUGGGAUCUACUGUUCUUUGGUGGAAUGUCUGCAAAGUCCGUUUUUAUGUGUAUUUGGUAAGAUAGAAAGUUGCAGUUUAGGUAUUUAACUUUAGUAGUAGCACUGAUGUAGUGGAAUAGCUUUUAAUCUUAUGUACCACAAACUCCAGGUCCUUGAAGGAGACAGGAAGGUAAAACCUUGUGUUGUUCUGUCUGUUGCUUCCAGUGUCAGCCUCUGUGGCCCUGUUCCGUGCUGCCUGGGGGUGGGAGGAUGGACACAACACUGCCAGGACACACCUGACUGAAAACGGGACUGUGUUCCUGCUCUUCCUCUCCUUCUCCACUCCUUAAUAAUAAUAAAUUGUAUUCAAACUCUGAAAAACAAAGAACAUGAAGUAUGUUCUUUAAAACUGCUUCAAAGUGUGAAUAAAACAAAGGCUGAGAGAUUAGGCGGCGGAGGCACAAUGAAAGGUGACAUCCUUAUCUUUAUAAAGGGUCUCAGCUUAAUUUGGCCAGCAGCUCUGGGGGAAUCACCUCCCUGCCCGCGCUGCUGCGAUAUACCAAACAGUUGACACAGAGUGUUGGCAGUUUCUCAGCUUUAGUUCACCUGCUCCUGUUGCAGUUCCGUCUGCCUUAUGUUGUGCCCGGGGAAGCUUGUGCGUAGCUGUCCUCCUGUUGCGGCAUUAAGACUUCGUAUCGUGGGAGUUUCUCUAAAACACGUAUUGCAUUAUGAAAAUUAUUUAAAAAUGGGAAUCUGAAUCUUGUAUUUUUCUAAGUAAAUAAAUAAUCCAGUCAAGCUAUGUGUGUAACUAGCAAUCACGCCCCUCUGCUGAUCAGGAAACGUGGUGCAGAUGGCGCCUGUGUUAUCUAGUCUUGCCCUUUUUCCCAUUACGUUUGUAUUUGAAAGUUAAUGCUACAUGGAAAAUGCCUGUCUAAGAUAGAAAUCCAGAGGGAACUAAGUCGUUUCUCCUCACUUGCGGUGGUUGCCUGUGCUCUUCAAAAUGGAGCGGGGAGGAGGGGAAAGGCAGAAAAGCUGCUGUUCUGCCGUCAGGGUAACUGUAGCGUCGCUGCUUCCCCAGCACUUGGAGCCUCGGCACCUGGAGGUCAGGUACUGGGAAGCAGUAACCUUAAAUGAGAAAAGCAUGACACGGUUAGUCACAAAUGGUUUACUACUACUGUUUCUCACCACUUUAAGAGAAUCCACACCUGCUGGACCAGGAGACAUGGAAAAGCAAUUCAGAAUUUUUGGUUAAAUCUGUGAUCUUCAGUGGUUUGUUACUGUUGGCUAACUUAGAGCACUUUCAUAUAUAUAAUUUUUGUGCUUUAAAAAUAUCAAAAAUAUUCUCAGAUUUCCACAGAACUACUUGAUUCUUCUGUAAUGUAACUUCCCCUUGGCUACUACCUGUGCCAUUGCUGAGCUCUGGCUGUGCUAUAACGCUCAACUGUACGUACUGUGCAAUAAAGAACUCCAAGGCUGGGCUCUUCCCUAACUUCUCGUGCUGUGGCCUUCCCAGAGCAGCUUUCUAGGUGCAGCUGUAGGUAGCGCUACAACAGGGCUGUACCAGGUAAGCAUCCACCCUCCCUGCAUGCAGCAGGCCAAGACAAAGGCAGCAAAAGCUGCCUGAACCGAAAGUACCUCCCAAUUAUGUCGAUGUAGUCAAUAAACUACACUAGUGUAUUAAUUAAGGUAGUUUUAGCAGUUUAAAAAUAGGCCUUUUCCACGGAAAUGUGAAAUGCUGUAAGUAUGGUAACAAUAUUCUUAGUCGAUCUUACCUGGAUUAACUACCUUAAUCUGCUUAUUUUAGUCCACAACCCCUUGGCCUUUUCUGAGCAUAAGUAGAUGAAAUGAACAGAAUCCCCUUGAGCUUCUCAUGUGACGGAAAUCACAGCAAGGACCGGGACCAGUAAGGUAACCACAUCCCCUGGCCCUUGCCGCACACGCAGCUGGGCUGCAGGGAAAAGGCCUGUUGCUGCACCUCAUGCAGCCUGGCAGCUCCCCCGGCCGCCCCAUCACACAAGCUGCACGAUGUAAAGCAUUUACCAGCUGCCUCUAACCUCUGCUGUAAUGUUCUGGCCUUUCCUUCCUCCGUAAGCCUUGAGGCUAUAAAAGCAGCGGGUGCAGCCUCCGUUUCUUCUUGGACAAAUACAAAGUGCAGUAAAACGGACCUUCAAGAUAAAAUUUUAUUAAAAAAUUUACACAAAAUAGAAGCUUCACAUUGUUGCUGUGUGAUAACUACAGCUGGAUGCCUUCUGGACUGCGCAUUCAGUUACUUACCUCGCUGUGUUUGCAUACAGCAAUGCAAGAAAUGCCUCAACACACCCUGCGCCGCCCAAAGAAAUCCAGCAGUGAUUCCACAUCAGUUUCAAGCGCGGGUCUUCUUCCAAAUAUCUCACAGACGAGGGUGAGCCCCAUGGCUAUGCAGUACGAAGGGCAGAGACUGGAUUGUCCCCCCUCCCUGGCCCAACGCGUCCGUGACCACGGCUUACCUUCCCUUCAUAAACAGGGCUGUGGCAAUGCUCAGACUAAAGUGCGAGCAUCUAGGUAUUUAACAAAACCCGGGAUGUUUGUAAACAAAUUUAAUUUAUUGGCAUUACUUACAAAAUAAAGUAUUAGACCAUGAUUUUCCAUCA